CCAGACCAGCAGAGGCAGCCGCCGGAGCAGCCGCAGCCUGCGCCCUCUCCCGCCCGCCCGCCCGCCCUCCGCCGCCCUCACCCGCCCCCACCCGCCCCGGGGUCUCUGUCCCCCUUCCUCCUCCUCCUCCACCCCCCCCUCCUCCGCCCGCCCGCGGGGGCCCCCCUCGCCUUCCCGCCCGCCCCUAUUGUUCCGCCCCCGGCCUCCCGCCCUUCCCCUUCCCGCCCGCUCCCCUUUUUCCCCCCUCCCCCCCGAGUCUCGCCUCGCGCCUGCAGUUUGGCCUUCACCCCCACCAGUGACCAAAGACUUGACCACUCGAAGUCCAGCUCCCAAGAACAUUGCUCGACAUGGACACCGGUGUGAUUGAAGGUGGAUUAAAUGUCACUCUCACUAUUCGGCUACUUAUGCAUGGCAAGGAAGUUGGCAGUAUUAUUGGAAAGAAAGGAGAAUCUGUUAAGAAGAUGCGCGAGGAGAGCGGUGCACGGAUCAACAUCUCAGAGGGGAAUUGUCCUGAGAGAAUUAUCACUUUGGCUGGACCCACUAAUGCCAUCUUCAAAGCCUUUGCUAUGAUCAUUGACAAACUGGAAGAGGACAUCAGCAGCUCUAUGACCAACAGCACAGCUGCCAGCAGACCUCCAGUUACCCUGAGGCUUGUGGUUCCUGCAAGUCAGUGUGGCUCUCUCAUUGGAAAGGGUGGUUGCAAGAUCAAGGAAAUACGAGAGAGUACAGGGGCUCAGGUGCAGGUGGCAGGGGACAUGCUCCCCAACUCAACCGAGCGCGCCAUCACUAUUGCUGGCAUUCCUCAGUCGAUCAUUGAGUGUGUUAAACAGAUCUGCGUGGUCAUGUUGGAGUCCCCCCCGAAGGGCGUGACCAUCCCGUACCGGCCCAAGCCGUCCAGUUCUCCGGUCAUCUUUGCAGGUGGUCAGGACAGGUACAGCACAGGCAGCGACAGUGCGAGCUUUCCCCACACCACCCCGUCCAUGUGCCUCAACCCUGACCUGGAGGGACCACCUCUAGAGGCUUAUACCAUUCAAGGACAGUAUGCCAUUCCACAGCCAGAUUUGACCAAGCUGCACCAGUUGGCAAUGCAACAGUCCCAUUUUCCCAUGACGCAUGGCAACACCGGAUUCAGUGGCAUUGAAUCCAGCUCUCCAGAGGUGAAAGGCUAUUGGGCAGGUCUGGAUGCAUCUGCUCAGACUACUUCUCAUGAACUCACCACUCCAAAUGAUCUGAUUGGCUGCAUUAUUGGGCGUCAAGGCGCCAAAAUCAAUGAGAUCCGUCAGAUGUCUGGGGCGCAGAUCAAAAUUGCGAACCCAGUAGAAGGAUCUACUGACAGGCAGGUUACCAUCACCGGAUCUGCUGCCAGCAUUAGCCUGGCUCAGUAUCUAAUCAAUGUCAGGCUUUCCUCGGAGACGGGUGGCAUGGGGAGCAGCUAGAACAAUGCAGAUUCAUCCAUAAUCCCUUUCUGCUGUUCACCACCACCCAUGAUCCAUCUGUGUAGUUUCUGAACAGUCAGCGAUUCCAGGUUUUAAAUAGUUUGUAAAUUUUCAGUUUCUACACACUUUAUCAUCCACUCGUGAUUUUUUAAUUAAAGCGUUUUAAUUCCUUUCUCUGUUCAGCUGUUAAUGCUGAGAUCCAUAUUUAGUUUUAUAAGCUCCCCCCCUUUUUUUUGUUUUUUUUUUUUUUUUUGGCUCAUGAAUUUUUCUGUUUGUCAUGGAAAUGUAAGAGUGGAAUAUUAAUACAUUUCAGUUUAGUUCUGUAAUGUCAGGAAUUUUUCAAAAAAAAUUAAAAGAUGGACUGGAGCUUUUCCUUUGUGAAUAGAAACUGGA